GCAUGCGCAGAUGCCGUGCGACUGUUAGCGGCUGAGAUUGAAGCAAGAACUAAAGUGGAGAAGAUUCUGCUUCCAUCAAAUUUCAUCUAGAUCUUUGAAAGCAUGAGCAGAUCCUUGAAAAUCUCUGUGUACUAAGGAAUCCUUCAAUCUUCUGGCACAAAGCAGUAAAUGUAAGACCCCAAGCAGUGUAGCUUUGAACAUCAUCGAAAAAAUGUUUGUGACAGAUUUUGUGGCUCGAGGGCUGGCAUACAAAGGAUAGUAUUUCUCACACAACUGCAACAGAGAUUUCCCUUUGUGCCGUACACAUCAAAUUAAAUGGCUGCAUUUUGUAAUAAAUUCAUUGUCAGCUUCCUGUGCUGUAUUUGAGCUGGCCAGUGCUUAUCAUCACUGCACAUGCAACAGGAACUCCAGCUGCACCUUCCUUAACUAUAUAACCACUGAACAGGAGAACGUCACUUAAUACAGUCGACAACAUUGUACAUAAGCAUCACACUGCUUUCUUGUAUGAGACUCGGGACUGUUUGGCUUGAAGAUGUUGUGCAAAUCUAUCUGGGCACAAAUCCAGAUCUUGGUUAUUGUGGAGUUUUGGUUUUGUUCAGUACUGCUCAACUGCCACCCUGAACCCAUAGCACUCUGUUGACUUCAGGGAUUUGAAGACUUAAGAGACUCCCGUUUUCAGCCUGCCCGUAAGUGUGGAGGAUAUGGUUUGAAAACCUACCCAGAAUCCCCGAGAAGAAGCAACACCCAUUGCCAUAGGAACCUGUGAAAAACAAUGGAUGGGGACCAGCACUGUAGAAUUGAGGCUAAAGAGAAGGUGUUGAACUUUCCUGGCAUUGGAAAUUGUGCUCCUGGGACCCUUCAAGAACAGCACAGUUAUAAAAAUGGUUUGCUGGGUAUGUGUCUGCGUCCACAUGUGACUGAUGAUGCUCACAAUGGGAAUGCGGUGCUGAAAACUAUACCUAUUUCUACAUUGAAGCAAAAUGGCCUUUUACAAUCGCUUACGGCUGGAGCGGAUGAAAAUAAACAUGACGUGGAGGUGACUUUGGAGGUGUUGCAGGCAGAGGCUGAGUGGGAGGCUUUGGAAGCAGUUCACAGAGAUUUUCCAUUGGAAGAACAGGAAGGUCCAAAUGAUGUAACUGGAUGCACCCAAGUCAUCUCCUUUAAUGAAGCACUUCAGCAUUUUCAAACAGCUGAUCUCUGUGAAUACAGGAAGAACAUACAGCCAACUGUGCGGAGGACAGGGUUUUCUGCCAUCACUCAUUUUCUCUUCGGCCCUCCGCGGUUGCACAAGGAGUUGCAGGAGGAGCGGGACUUGGUAUUUGCGAUUGGCCAGUGCUCCUUGGACAACGAUCAGAAAGUUCACAUUCGAGUUUUGCAGACAAUUUACAAGAAACUGACUGGGGCAAAGUUUGACUGUGCACGAUAUGGGUCACAUUGGGAACAAUUAGGAUUUCAAGGUACGGAUCCAGGGACUGACCUACGAGGGACAGGAUUCCUCGGGCUGAUGCACACAUUGUAUAUGGUGAUGGACCUGCAAACUUUACCAUUGGCUCGUGAUAUUUACAAAUUGUCACAGCAUCCAAUACAAAAUUUUCCUUUCUGUCUUAUGUCCAUUAACAUCACCAGAAUCACAAUCCAGGCAUUGAGGGAAGAAUGUUUAUCCAAAGAAUGUAAUCGAAGGCAGCAGGUGAUUGGAGUCCUGAAUGAUUUCUAUGUGGCAGCAUUCCUGCAUCUUUAUCAGAUUUGGAAAACACAGCACAAAACCAUCUCUGAUUCAGGAUUUGUUCUUAAAGGGGUUGAAAUGUUUGCCAAAAAGAAUCCAAAACAACUCCUGAAAAGGUUGGAAACGUACUUGUUGGAGCGUCAGAAUGGAACAGUCUUGCCGGCAGACAAGCUGUCCCCACCUUCAAAUCACACUAUGGCUGGAAUGACACCAAAACAAACAUCUGCCACAAACACCAAAGAGAUGAACUUUAUGGGCGUCUGUGAGCUUGAGCUAGAACCUGAGGGUGAGGUGCGGCUAAUCUGAAACUGGUGUGAGUGAUGGAAAGUAAGAAAGAGAGAUAAUCAACAUCACCAUGUAGCAGGGAUGUGAUACCCAAUGUUUCGCUAUUAUGGCAUGCACUACACAAGUACUGGACAUUAUAUGUUGGCAUAAAACCAUACACUACAACAUCAGUAGAUCUUCAGCUUUCCCAAAUAACAGUGGCUUGCAAAUGUGUCAAUGUUGUAGGCAUGUUUUACUAGCUCAAGAUAUUCAGUGCUACUGUAGUUUGAGUGCUGUCUUCAGAUAAUGCUAGCAUACAGAUACUUUCUGCUACCUUUUAAAAACAGUAGUGCCAGACUCUCAGGAGGAAUUCAGUCCCCUACUCAGGAGAGGAGAAUGUAUUUGUUUCCUUUAAUAGUAGUGCAGCCUGUACUAGACAUAGUUUGUACUAUACAUUUUAAGUGAUGCUAAUUAGCUUUAUUUCUGAAUCAGUGUUGUGAGUAACAAUACAGAGGAAGCUUGAAGAUUCAUUCUCACUCUGCCCUUAUUUUUGUUAAGGAGAGUGGGGAUAAAAGGCUUGGGCUGCUGUCAUUCUGCUGAAUGAAAAGAUUUUCCUUUUCAGAUGUUUCCCUCCCCGCCUGAUUUUAGCUUAACCACACAAGUUAGUUGACUCUUUUGCAUGCGAUAUAUGAUAUAAGCAGGAGGCACAUGAUAUCUGAUGGCUUGACAUGAUUCGACAGUACCUGAUACAUUCCCUGUCUCUGUUCAUGGGCUUUGUCACCAUUUACCACUCUGCAGUACCUUCAGAGCGUCAGCCAGAGAAGAGGAAUCUGAGCGAUCAGAAAACUUGUUCAAACCUAUGGAAAUUUUUAAGCUUUUAAUAAAGUUAAUAUCCAAUCAUUAACUGCUGAUGACAGGCUCAUUACCUUCAAAGAAGUAGUCCUGUGUGCAGUCCAAUCUUUGAGAAUUUUGUAUUAUUGCAUUUAUCCCUUCACAUUGCUUUUAAAAACACACUCCCAAGGUAUCUAGCUGAGCAAAUUGUUGGGCCUUCACAGUGCCUUGUAUUUUUAACUAUUGGUCUUGUCGUUCCCCUCUUUCAACAUUCCUUAUUGAUUGCAAAAUAAAUGACUUUGGAUAACCUCAUGUUCGAUCAGGCAAGUGGUAAGCCUACUGGUCUGUGUAGUUACUGAUCAGUUCUCAGCAGUAACGUUGACCCUCCCAGGGUGCACUGAUAAUGCUCAUAGUUGAGUUGAGCAACAGAGAUUGGCUGUGGUAUUCAUAGCUGGGACAAAGACUGUUACAAAUUCUGCAUGUUAGUUAUCAGCAGCAUGGUACAGCUUUGCUGGGAGCUCGUGGAUACAUUGCACUGUCGAAUAUACCUAAUGUAGAAGUAAGCAGUACAGGGCUCAUGAGAGAGUGAGAUGGUUGAGUAAACAGUUUCUAUUUUGUUACUUUGGGAUAUCUGUAUGCCACAUGUCAUUCCUUGGGCAAGAGCGCAAAAAUUGGCUGCCCUUUGACAGGCUGUACAAAGUGUAUGGUGGUGUUCCAGUUACCUAAUCCCAAAUCAACUGUACUUAUCUCUUUUUGUUGAGGUCAGUAAUGGAAUUUCAGUAUGUGGCAAUUAUUAAUGCUGUACACUGUUCUUACAGCUUAAUGCUGAAAUACCGGGUGCAUGAGAUGCAUUUAACUAAUGUGUGAUCGUAAUGGCCUCAUGAUUGACUCCUAGGUGAGUUGUUAGGACUUUUAAAAUAUGAUUAAAUCCAGAAUACAUUACAUACCUUCAUUUCCAUUCAAAAAAAUCCAUUCAAGAGAGAUGUGUCCUAAAGUUGAUUGAAAUUUAGAAACGUCGGUAGACAUUGAACAUGCCCAAUCAAUGUAAAGCAGCAAAAAAUAAAGACUAUAAAAAGCUGAAUUAAAUCAGAAGAAUUAGGGAUCAGAUGACUCUGGUCAACCUGUGCCUUGAGUCAUUUGUCCACCUCUAGCUGCUAAAUCAUUAUAGUGCUGGAGUCACGGCAGAGAAGAAUCACAGGGCUGAACUUUGGUGUUGAAGAUCUGAGAAAUGAGGAAACGCUGGAGAAAUUUGGGCCUUUUAGCCUUGAACAAAGGAACUUGAAAGGUGAUUUUGAGGAUGUUGAAGGUGGUAAAUAGUAUGGAAAUGGUAGAUCCUGGAAAUUACUUUUAAUUGUGAACAUAGAAGAAGGGAACACAACUUCAGACCAGUAAUAAGCAAAGGAAAUGCUUUUUCGCACAAAGUGUGACCAACACGUGGAACCGAUAUAGUAAUGGAGAUGGAGGCACUUGAAUUAUUUAAAAGAACAUGUGUAUGUUGCAGUGAGAUGGGACACUUGAGGUUAUUCCGGAUGAAUGACCUACGGUGAAUAAUUGGCCUUCCUCAGUUGCAGUUAUCUAGGACUGUUAUCCCUAUUAGUUACUAACAUUCAGCUUAAUGGAAAUUCCACAGAAUGAAGAUGGCUAGACUCUGUGGAAGUUGAAUGUUGUGACAAAGAAAUAUCUAUAUCUUAGAUGUGAUGGCUAAAUGCACCACUUUGAUUUGAGACCAAACCUUGAUAAAAAGAAUAGUCACUUCAAGCCAGCCAUACUGAAAGUAUUUUACAGCCCUCAAACCUUUGAGAAGGAGAGUUUAGACUGCUGCUUCAUAAUGACAUAAUUCUAGGUCAGUUUAGCAAAAGCUUACCCUCUGACACUAGCAGCAAUGUGCUCUUUCAGGUUCCUUUUGAAAUGGUAUGUUGUAUUGUACAUGUUUUCGAUUUUCUUGUGGAGCUCAUAAGUGUUGAUGUGAUGUGGUAUGUUAUGAUGUCACAGUAUCCUGUCAAACUGAAAAUAAUCCCCUGGUGGAUCAGGUCGUAUUUGGCAUUUCCACCAUGAAUGUGCUGCUGCAUAUCAUCUUUCUUUUAUUUGACCAGAGAUUAAACAAAAAUUGAGGAUUUUGAAAAUGUAAAAUAAAGUUAGAAAUACACCAUGGUCCUGUUAGUAUUUAAAAAAAAGAAAAGCUCAUGUUUUUGGGAAAUAGGCUUUGUCAGGCCAGAUAGGAUUGGUCAGGCAGAAAGUUCUUAUACAGGACUGACCAAACAAAAUAGGCAGGGGAGAACAGGUUCAUGAGUACUCAUGCAUUACCAACUGGGACACAGAUAGGACUUGUUUGACUAACUCCCGCUUGUGAAGAUUUUUUUUAAGAAGCUGGAAAUUGCUGUUAAAUGUGGACAUGUACUACUCUGUCAGAGAUGACUGUUGAGGAGAUAACCUGUGACUUGUAUUGUCUGUGUCCCUGAAAAGAAAAUAGUCUCUAACAGGAAUAUAUGCAAUAUCUCGUGGAUUGUAAAAAAAAUACUUUAUUGUUUGGGGACUUGAAUGAUCCUUCUUGUUAACUAUAGAGCUAUUAUUUUAUUCUCUUUUCAUAGAACCAUAGCACAGCACGGAGGAUGCAUUUGGCCCAUUCUAUCCAUGCCAGCCCUCUGCCAGAGCAACCGCACCCCCACCACCACCACCACACCACCACCAUCCCCACUUACCCAUUUUUUUUCCCGUAACCCUGUAAAUCAUCUCACCUAUGAUAAUUAUCCAAUUUUCUUCUGAAGCUUGUAUCUGCCUCCAUUACACUCUCAGGAAUUCCAUUCAGAUCCUAACACUAGCUGCAUAAAAACGUUUCUUCUCAUGUCACUGUUGCUUUUUUUGUGACAUAUUAAUUCACUAUCCUCUGGUUCUCAAUCCUUCCGCCUAGGGUAACAGUUUCUCCCUAACUGCUUUGUCUAGACCUCAUGAUUUUGAACACUUCUGCUGAAUCUCCUCUUAAUGUUCUCCCCUCCAAGUAGAACAGCCUGAACUUCUCUAAUUGACCCAUGUAACUGAAGUUCCUCAUCCCUGGAGCUGUUCUCGCAAAUCUUUUCUGCACCCUAUCUAAUAUCGUCACCUUUUUUCUAAAGUGUGAUGUUCAAAAUUUGACACAUUACUCCAAUUGAGGAUGAAAUAAUUUUUUUUUUACAGGGUUGUCAUAAGUUCCUUGCUUUUGUACUUCAUUCCCUGAUUAAUAAAGCUCAAUAUUCUAUAUGCUUUAUUAACUGUUUUCUUUUGAAACGUCCAGAGGCAUUUAUGGUACAUGUACAACCAUUGGCCCUUCCUCCUUACUCCCCAAGCCCCCACUUCCCAAUAGACAGUAAAACUGCUUUAAAUAACCCUUUAAGUCAGCAUCCUAACAGGUAGAUUCAUGCUGGCUAGACAAUCAGCAACUUUUAGUUGGUUAAAUUCCAGCAAUAUGCCUGUGCACGGUUAGAGGUUCCCAAGCUUAGUCUUUGGUCAAGCUGCGCUUAAGCUCUCUGCAUUUAUUUAAACAGGAUGUGUCCCUGCAGGGACAGUGUGCACUCCAUGGCGGGCUAAGAAAAACUCGACCAUGUGGAUUUUUCAGUGGUUGGGAGAUUUUAGUAUAUGGCGACAUCCAUCUGACCAAAAGCAACACUUUUAAGAAUUUAUUCAGCGUGAUAGUAGGUGCGUGACAUGUUCAGAGGCACUCAGCAGUUUCAGAUUUUGUUCUUCCAAAUUUCAGCUGUAUCUGCUAAGAGGAUUUUGAGCUCUGUAAUAUGAAAUUGAAGAACUGUUGGGUACAGAACUGUCACCAGUGGAUUGAAGCAAGGACUUAACAGCAGCACACAACAAGCUUGUCACAAUUAAAGUGUAUAAAGGCUGCGUGGAAUUUUAUAUAGGGCUGUUGUACCAAUAUAAACUAAUCAAGUUUGGUGAAGGAUAGUUGGGACAGCACUGUUUGAGAGUGAGAGAUUUAAUUGUACAUCUAAUCUGUUUACUCACUGCACCUAUCUCUAGACUGGCCCAGAACUUUAGUCAUUGUUUGGGAGUUGAGCACUUAGCCAGUUCAGUGAUUAAAAUAAAUUUUGUAUUUGAACGAGUUUGCACAUGAAUCCAAAGACCCUUGUGUAGACUAAAUGUGCUCUAAAAAUUGUGCGGAAAUGAGGUGUGUACUGGGAACCUGUGAAAAUCUCUGAAAUCCUUUUAACUGAUCUUUGGGCUAUUGAGAAUAUUGCAGGUAAUGUGACAUUGUUUCAAAAGUUUGACUUUUUAUUGACAAGUCUCAGUCAUCCUGUAAUAUUCCUUUGCACAAAGUGACGGGUUAAUUGAUGUUUAUCGUAUUCAGGAUUUCACUAACGAGCACUGUGGCUGUAUUCAAGAUGUAAUAUUAACACUGUAUUUGGAUGUCAUGGUAAUAAAAGCACUAAACAUCUUUAUUUUUGCAUUCAUUAAAUUUUAUGUUUUUAAAAUAAAAAUUAAUCUGCAGCUA